GAAGUUCAUCAUCAACUUUGAGCAGCUUCGAUGACGUUACGGUACCUCGUAGUCAACAAUGUUAUCGAGGCAUAUGGCGAGGGCGCUUGCCCGAACAUCCACAUUCAGUUUCGGAAUCCCCAAUACACGACCAAUUACCAGUUGUGCAAAGCGACCAAAAGCACCAUCAUGCGUCCCACGUAUAACUCGAAUCCAAAUGCACCAACAGCGGCACCGAGGCACGCUCGCAAUCCUCAAAGCGCAAUACCAAAGGACCCCUGGUCAAAUGAGUGUAGCCAUCGUCUUACUCGGUGUCAUUGCUAUAGGCAUAGCGAUAUUUCCUUACAUGGCACUCAAAGCAUACUUCUGGCCAUAUCACAAGUUCCCCGAUGAGGUCGCGGCGGAGCUACGCAAGGCGAUAUACUUCCAUACCCAGAGCUGGGAUCCCGAGAAGGCAAUGCAGUACUACAAGGCCGCGCUAAUGAAGGCACAAGCGCUCGGCAUGAACCCGGUGAGCGACGAGAUUACAGGGACCAAGCUUUCGGUGGCGGAGCUGUUGAAGCAGUGUGGGCUUGUUGAUCGGUGUAUCGGGGUGUAUGAGUUGGUUCUGAAGGACUGUACGAAUUACUUGAAGGACAAGGGCGAGGAGCAUUAUGAAGAUGGCGAGAGGACGCGGUUGCUCAUGAAAAGCGUGUCAAUCAGCAUGAAGCUUGGAGAGAUGUAUGCAUCGGACUCGGUACUAGACAUCGAGGCUGCUGAGCGGCAUCUGCUCUGGGGUGUCGAGACUACGAUGAAGGAGCGCAUACGACGUCAGAAGGACGGCGUGAAAGAAGGCGAGGGAGAUUGGUUCACAGACGAGCAAUACGGCGCGUCGUGCGAAUCCCUCGCGCUCCACUACGAGUCCAAAAUGCUGCACUACCUGGCAACCCCUCUCCUCCUCCAAGCGCUCACAGUCUCCCCUCCGAAAUCCUGCCAUUCCGUCGUAAUCAUGUCCAACCUCGCAAAUUGCAUCUUCCAAACAACUCCACCGCCUUCACUAACCACAGCCAAACCUCUACCUGCCACCUCUUUCAAACAACCCGCCUCUACCUCCUCCCUACCCCCAUCACAAGACUCCUUCCCCACUACUCCACAUCCAAGUAAAGAAGUGCUCCGCACACAAGCCAGCGCCUGGGCGCGCAAAGCCCUCGCGCUGUCCACCAGUAUCACGGAGGGACGCACACAAGAAUGCGAUCUGGGUUGCGCUGCAGCGACACAUGCGCUAGGUGAAUUUGCGGAGGCGGGUGGGGAAUUUGAUGUGGCGAGGAAGCUGUAUGAGGAGGCGAAGGGGAGGAGUGUAGGAUUGGGAUUUGAAGAGGGUGUGAAGAAUGCGGAGAUGGGACUGAAGAGGAUCGAAGAGAAGUCGGGGAGUGAGGAGAAGAUGUAGAUCAAUUUGUUUGGCAGAAGAGAGGAGAGUGUGUCAGUGAUAGAGACAGGCAAAAGAAGCGUAGUGUAAAAGCAUCAUGAUAACACUGCGGCUACAGAGUCCGCGCGGUGUGAUUUGAAUAUCUUUAUUCUUUCCAAAUUACAUUACGCUCCCGUCGGGACCGCCACACGGUUCACGAUGGGUAGACAGGAAGAUGAUACAAUACAAAAGUAUCCCGA